AUGGCAUCGCAGUACGACAACGAGCUGGGUGACAUCGACGCUCAAAACCCAUACGCGUCCAGCAGCAAAUGGCGACAUCAAGAGUCGACCAAAUACGCCCGCCACGAGGCGCAACAACUCCAGGCGCGCGACGCUACCACAACUGGCACGACCGAUGAUCUAGCCGAGUAUCUCAAUUCCACUCGGAUUGAGCCCCAGGGAGACGGGCAUUCGUCGAGAAACCACCAGCCCAUCCAUCUGGCUGCCCACAAUGGCGAAGAAACGGCCGUCGGCCAACACGAUGAGGAGUCAGAUGGUAAGGAAAUCGUGUGCGGCCCUCUUCUCAACUAUCGUCGAAUGGAACAUGGCUACUGGUUCGGUAGCGUCCUCAUUGUAACCAAAGGCGGUGGCAAGGACGUACUCUACCAACCAUCUCUGGUCUUGCGACGUGCUGGCGGACAAGGAGAGGCGUUCCAAUCCCAGGGCGAGCGUCUGUAUUCUGACAAACGAAACACCUUCUGGGCAUUUGGCAUUAGCGUACCGCUCGAGCCCAAUGAGACAAAGUACGAAUAUGAAGUGCCAGGGCUGCGAUUCUCCAGCAGCCACAAGCCACGAAUCAACAGCUUCUUCAUCCCCGCCAUAAACGAGUCGAUGCGCAUAAUGUUCUAUUCUUGCAAUGGCUUCAGUGUCGGCACCGACGAGGAGGCCUGGAGCGGUCCGGCCCUGUGGAACGAUGUUAUGCGGAAGCAUGCAGCUACGCCUAUCCAUGUCAUGGUUGGCGGCGGUGAUCAGAUCUACAACGACGGCAUCCGAGUCCACGGUCCUUUGCGCACCUGGACGGACAUUAGCAACCCCAAGAAGCGCCAAGAGUACCCCUUCCCGGAGAAGCUCCGUGCCGAAUGCGAUGAUUAUUAUCUUCAAAACUACCUCCGAUGGUACAAUACGCCGCCCUUUUCCACGGCCAACGGCCAGAUCGCCCAGAUCAACAUCUGGGAUGACCAUGAUAUCAUCGACGGCUUCGGCUCAUACGUUGAUAAGUUCAUGCAAUGCGACGUGUUUCGCGGCAUUGGUGGCACUGCCCACAAGUACUACAUGCUGUUCCAGCACCAUCUCCCUCCUCCGCCAUCCACAUACACAUCCGACUUUGCCGAUAACGAUACCGAUGGCACUCAGGGCAUUGAUCCCAAUCAGUUGAUUGACACGUAUGUCGCACCUGGAAAGACCGAACCGCAAUACAUUGUCGGAAACAAGCCUGGUCCCUAUGUUGCGGAACAUUCGUAUAACAUCUACACCCGAUUGGGUGCACGUAUUGCUCUGCUUGGCAUCGAUGCCCGAACUGAGCGUACUCGACACCAAGUCAACUAUCCUGAAACUUAUGACCUGAUUUUCCAAAGGGCACGGGAUGAGCUGAGCGCCGCUGCCAGAUCUGGCCAGCCUAUCAGGCAUUUGAUUCUACUUCUCGGCAUUCCCAUUGCUUAUCCACGCUUGACCUGGUUAGAGAACAUUCUUCGAAGCCCUCUUAUCGGCCCCGUCAAGCUCCUCAACCGACGAUUUGGUGUCGGCGGUGGCUUCUUUAAUCACUUUGACGGAAGCGUAGAUUUACUCGAUGACCUUGAUGACCACUACACAGCCAAGACGCACAAGGUUGAGCGAGCCCAGCUGAUUGUGGAACUUCAGAAGCUUUCGGCCGAGUUCUCGGUGCGAACUACUAUUCUGGGAGGCGACGUUCAUCUGGCUGCCUUGGGUCGCUUCUACUCCAAUCCUAAGCUCAAGGUGCCUGUUGAAGAAGACAGCAGAUACAUGGUCAACGUUGUCUCGUCGGCCAUUGUCAACAAGCCCCCGCCUCAAGCCGUGGCCAAUCUCCUGGCGCGACGAAACAAGAUUCAUCACCUAAACUCCAAGACAGACGAGACUCUGCUGGAUCUGUUUGACAAAGAUCCUGGCAAUUUCACAAAGACUGCCAGUCACAACAACUGCACGAUGCCCAGCCGCAACUUUGCUAUACUGACAGAAAACUCUCCUACAAACCAAACCAACGGUGUUGUGCCUGAGGUGAAUGGCGAGUCGCAAUCAUUUGAGGGGGUUGACGGCCAUUCGCAAUUGCACAAGGGAGAGGUUGGUGCUGGUACGCAACACAAGGCAGCUUCUGAUGACAGACACGGCCGAGGCCACGAUGGCAGCCUGGACAUUCGCAUCAGCGUCGAGAUUGACCAGCACAACCCCGAGGGCCUAACAGAAGGCUACGGCUUGACUGUGCCACUACUGACGUAUCGCCCCAGGACCCAAGCGUCCUCGAGGGCAGUGUCUACUGCAACGAGCACUCCAAGCCAGUAG